AUCGAUCACGUUGAAGUGUUUCCUGAUGCUGGUAUGAUCACUAAGGAACUUUCUCAAUGCGUUGCACUAACUGGAGGUGCUGCACUGGUUGCUGAUUACGGUCAUGAUGGAACAAAGACAGAUGACUUCAGAAGGUUUUGUGGCCACAAGUUUCAUGUCUUAAUUGCCCCAGGAACAGCAGAUCUAACAGCUAAUGUGGACUUCAGUUAUUUGCAAAGAAUGGCACAGGGAAAAGUAGCGUCUCUGGGCCCAAUAAAACAACACACAUUUUUUAAAAAUAUGGGUAUUGAUGUCCAGCUGAAGGUUCUUUUAGAUAAAUCAAAUGAGACAUCAAUGAGACAGCAAUUACUUCAAGGAUAUGAUAUGUUAAUGAAUCCGAAGAAGACGGGAGAAAGAUUGAACAUUUUUGCCUUGCUACUUCAUCAGAGACUUCAAGGUGGAAGGAAUCAGAUGAAUGUAUGUCAGUUAAAACGUUAUGCAUCUCCUGUAGCUGGGUUUAGUGAACUUGUUUGGCAGUUAUAUCUCAGCUUGGAUAUUUUACCCUUUGGUCUGCCCAGGAAAUCAAAACAAAGGAAACACAUUUCAUACAUUGCAGGCUUUAUAUUGGCUAAACUGCACAUCCUGGAAGAAACUGAUCUUUCAGUUAUUUUCCACAUCAGCACAUGA